UACUAUGUGCCAGGAACUAGAAAUCCAGUAAGUGCAAAAGCAGAUUUAGGUCCUCCUUUCAUGAGUCUUAGAAUCUAGUAAAGAGAUACAAAGAUCAAAUCUUCAUGGAAACAAAUGUAAAAGGACAACUGUUACCAUUUUUUUUUUUUGUAGAGACAGAGUCUCACUUUAUCGCCCUGGGUGGAGUGCUGUGUUGUCACACAGCUCACAGCAACCUCCAACUCCUGGGCUUAGGAGAUUCUCUUGCCUCAGCCUCCAGAGUAGCUGGGACUACAGGCUGGCUAUUUUUUGGUUCUAGUUCAGCUGGGGCUGGGUUUGAACCUGCCACCCUCGGUAUUUGGGGCUGGCGCCCUACUCACUGAGCCACAGGCGCUGCCCACCGUUUUUUUUUUUUUUUUUUGAGAUAUUGUCUUACUUGUCACCCUUGGUAAAGUGCCAUGGCAUCAUAGCUCACAGCAACCUCAAACUCUUAGACUAAAGUGAUCCUCUUGCCUCAGCCUCCCAAAUAGCUGGGACUUAGGCACCUGCCAUAACUCCUGGCUAUUUUUAGAGACAGGGUCUUGUUUUUGCUCUGGUUGGUCUCAAACUCCUGAGCUCAGGAAUCCACUUGCCUCAGCAUCCUAGUGCUACCAGUUUCUAAAGGCCUGAAGACCAAAGGGAGCCCAUGAUGGUGGGGGUGGGAGGACAGAGGGAACGGAUUGCUAGUCUGAGAGAUAAUCCAGAAGGAUGCUCUUAAGAUGUGAGUAUUGGGUGAAUGACUGCUGCGUGUAGAAGCUCCCUGUGAAAAGGUUCAUCUCAGGAGCUGGUGGGAAUCCUAGCACUCUGAGAAGCCUGGGCUGGAGGGUCACUUAAGUUCAAGAGUUAGAGACCAGCCUGAGCAAGAGUAAGACCUCAUCUCUUCUAAAAAUAGAAAAGCUAGCCAGGGGUUGUGGUGGGUGCCUGUAGUCCCAGCUACUCAGGAGGCUGAGGCAGGAGGAUCGCUUGAACUCAGGACUUUGAGGUUGUUGUGAGUUAGGCUUACUUCAGGGCACUAUAGCCUGGGGCAACUGAGUGAGACUGUUUCUCAAAACAAACAAACAAACGAAAACACAACCAUGGCAUUAUUGGAUAGGGUAAGAAAAGUCACUGAAGUUUGUGGGGGGUGGCACUGGGGGCGACAGAAAGGAGAUAGAUAGUCAGGUUUAACAGAAUAUGGGCCAACGCAUCCUUCAAAGAAAAGAUUAAAAAUGCCUUCUCGAUUCCUCAACCUUUGAUCGCUGGUAAUUUCUCCCUCCCUCCCUAGCUUUGUAACCUAGGUAGAAGAAACUCAAGCCUCCCGGGAGUAGGACGUGCCCUUUCUCUUCCGGCUACUGAAGUGCCCCGUGGCUUCAGACAAGGUCCUACGCUUCCUCGAGCCUCAGUUUCCCCAGCUGUGCAGAAGCAGGUUGUCUCUCAGGGCCCGCCCAGCGCUAACGCAACGUGAUUCGCUCCGGCAGGAGCGGGGGGGCUGCCCGCAUUGUUGCGCAGCCAGCCGGCUUGCUGGCCCGGACGCUGCCACCCGGCUGCGGGCGCUUUCCUUCAGGCUGAGGGCUGCGAGAGCUGGUGGCGACGCCAGACGCUGCGCAGGAAAAGUGGGGAGCUCGACCCCUGCCCGCGCGGGCGCCGCGCGGCCCCGCCCCCGCAGCCAGCGGCCCUGCGGCAGCCCCGGGCUCGAGCUCCGCCCUCUGCCUCCCGCCGGCCUCGCUCCCGCCUCCCUCCUCCCUCCCUCGCUCGCUGGCUCCCUCCCCCCGGGCCGGCUCGGCGCUGACUCCGCCGCACGCUGCAGCCGCGGCUGGAAGAUGGCGGGGAACGACUGCGGCGCGCUGCUGGACGAAGAGCUCUCCUCCUUUUUCCUCAACUAUCUCGCUGACACGCAGGCUGGGGGAUCUGGGGAGGAGCAAUUGUGUGCUGAUUUUCCAGAGCUCGACCUCUCCCAGCUGGAUGCCAGUGACUUUGACUCAGCCACCUGCUUUGGAGAGCUGCAGUGGUGCCCCGAGAGCUCUGAAACUGAACCCAGCCAGUACAGCCCCGAUGACUGCGAACUCUUCCAGAUUGACAGUGAGAAUGAGGCCCUCCUGGCAGAGCUCACCAAGACCCUGGACGACAUGCCUGAAGAUGACGUGGCUCUGGCUGCCUUCCCGGCCCUGGAUGGUGGGGAUGUGCUAUCCUGCCCGCCAGCUUCACCUGCCUCCUCAUCUGCGCCCUCCAGCCCUGCCCUGGAGAUGCCCCCGGCCCCAGGGCCUGAGGUGGAUGAGCUGUCACUGCUGCAGAAGCUCCUUCUCGCCACAUCCUCCCCAACGUCGAGCUCUGACACCCAGAAGGAAGGGAUUGCCUGGCGCCAGGCAAGCCUCAGGUCCAGAAGUCAGCGGCCUUAUGUCAAGGUAGACAGCACCCAAGACAAGAAGGCCCCCCUGACACAGCCUCAGAGCCGAAGUUGUACAGAGCUGCAUAAGCACCUCACCUCAAAAGUCCGCUCCCUGGAUAGGGGCCCACAGCUGCCACCCUCCUGCAGUCCCUGGCCCCCUGCCAAGGAGGAUGAGGAGCCGGGUGAGGACUGCCCAAGCCCCCAGCCAGCUCCAGCCUCUACCCGGGACUCCCCAGCGCCAGCCAGGGCAGGCCCCGAUGCCCAGGUCCCCCCGGAGGACAUGCAGGCUAUGGUGCAGCUCAUCCGCUACAUGCACACCUACUGCCUCCCCCAGAGGAAGCUGCCAGCACCCCAUCCCUGCAUUGGCCCCUCCACACGGGUCAGGCCCCAGCCCCGGCCCCAGCACUCCUCCAAAGCCUCCUGGGCCGAGUUCUCCAUUUUGAGGGAACUUCUGGCUCAAGAUGUCCUCUGUGACGUCAGCAAACCCUACCGCCUGGCCACACCUGUCUAUGCCUCCCUCACACCCCAGUCGAAGCCCAGGCCCCCCAAAGACAGCCAGGCCUCCCCUGACCACCCUCCCCUGGUGGAGGAGGUGAGAAUCACAGCUUCACCUAAGAACACCGGGCCCAGACCAAGCCUGCGCCCACUGCGGCUGGAGGUGAAAGGGCGUGUCCGCCGGCCUGCCAGGCUGCAACAGGAGGAGGAGGAGGAAGAGGAAGAAGAAAAGGAGGAGGAGUGGGGCAGGAAAAGGCCAGGCCGAGGCCUGCCGUGGACUAAGCUGGGGAGGAAGCUGGGGAGCUCCGUGUGCCCCGUACGGCGCUCACGGAGACUGAACCCCGAGCUGGGCCCCUGGCUGACGUUUGCUGAUGAAUCCCUGGUCCCCUCAGAGCCCCAAGGUGCUCUGCCCUCAUCGUGCCUGGCUCCCGAGGCCUACACCAUUGAGGGGGAGCUGGGUAGCCCCACAGACAAGGACAGUGGCCGAGACCAGCAGCUUCUACGGGGACCCCUGAUUCCUGCCCUGGAGAGCCCCUGUGAGAGUGGGUGUGGGGACACAGAUGAGGACCCCAGCUGCCCACAGCUCCCUCCUAGAGACUCUCCCAGGUGCCUCAUGCUGGCCUUGUCACAAAGCGACCCUCCUUUUGGCAAGAAGAGCUUUGAGCAGACCUUGACGGUGGAGCUCUGUGGCACAGCAGGACUCACCCCACCUACCACACCCCCGUACAAGCCCACAGAGGAGGACCCCUUCAAGCCAGAUAUCAAGCACAGCCUGGGCAAAGAGACAGCACCCAGCCUCCCCACCCCAGAGGGUCUCCAGCUCGGGGCCACCUCAGGGCCUGUCCACAAGCUGCCAAAGAAGCAUCCAGAGCGGAGUGAGCUGCUGUCCCACCUGCGGCAUGCCACAGCCCAGCUGGCCUCCCAGGCUGGCCAGAAGCGCCCUUUCUCCUGUUCCUUUGGAGACCAUGACUACUGCCAAGUGCUCAGGCCAGAGGGUGCCCUGCAGAGGAAGGUGCUGAGGUCCUGGGAGCCAUCUGGGGUUCACCUUGAGGACUGGCCCCAGCAGGGUGCCCCUCCAGCUGAGGCACAAGCCCCCAGCCAGGAGGAAGAUGGAAGCUGUGAUGCUGGUGUCCCACCCAAGGACAGUAUGCUACUGAGAGACCAUGAGAUCCGUGCCAGCCUCACUAAGCACUUUGGGCUACUGGAGGCCGCCCUGGAGGAUGAAGACCUGGCCUCGUGCAAGAGCCCUGAAUAUGACACCGUCUUUGAGGAUAGCAGCAGCAGCAGUGAGGAGAGCAGCUUCUUCCUAGAGGAGGAAGAGGAGGACAAUGAAGAAGAGGACUCAGAGGUCAGUCCCCCUCGCUCUGACCACUGCCCCUACCAGAGCCCACCGAGCAAGGCCAGUCGGCAGCUCUGUUCCCACAGCCGCUCAAGCUCUGAUUCCUCGUCCUGCCGCUCCUGGUCACCAACCACCAGAAGGAACUUCAGAUGUGAGAGCAGAGGGCCGUGUUCAGACAGAACGCCAAGCGUCCGGCAUGCCAGGAAGCGGCGGGAAAAGGCCAUUGGCGAAGGCCGCCUGGUGUAUGUUCGAAAUCUCUCCAGUGACAUGAGCUCCCGAGAGCUGAAGAGGCGCUUCGAAGUGUUUGGCGAGAUUGUAGAGUGUCAGGUGCUGACGAGAAGUAAGAAAGGUGAGAAGUACGGCUUCAUCACCUACCGGUGUUCUGAGCAUGCGGCCCUCUCUCUGAGGAAUGGCGCUGCCCUGAGGAAGCGCAAUGAGCCCGCCUUCCAGCUGAGCUAUGGGGGGCUCCGGCACUUCUGCUGGCCCAGAUAUGCUGACUUUGAUUGCAAUUCGGAAGAGGCCCUUCCUGCAUCAGGGAAGAGCAAGUACGAAGCCAUGGAUUUCGACAGCUUACUGAAAGAGGCCCAGCAGAGCCUGCAUUGAUAACAGCCUUAACCCUCGAGGAAUACCUCAAUACCUCAGACAAGGCCCUUCUAAUAUGUUUACGUUUUCAAAGAAAUCAAGUAUAUGAUGAGGAGAGCGAGCGAGCGUGAGAGAGACUUGAAACUACUGUCCUUUUAAAAAAAAAAAUCAAUGUUUACAUUGAACAAAGCUGCUUCUGUCUGUGAGUUUCCAUGGUGUUGACGUUCCACUGCCACAUAGUGUCCUUGCUUCCAAUGGGUUGUCCUGGGUGCGCCUUGGAGUGCUGGUCAGUUUCCCGUUGCCCCUUCCUGCCUUCCUGAUUGACUUCCUCUUGUAGACUUGCAGCUGUGUUCACCAUACCAUUUCUUGUCUGUAGUGUGUGGUGAUGAAAUUGUUACUUGUGAAUAGAAUCAGGAUUAUAAACUCCUUUUUAAUUGAUGAUAAAAAAAAGUAUAUCCUUAAAAUAAUGUAUUUAUGGCUCAGAUGUACUGUGCCUGGGAUUAUUGUAUUUUGCUUCCUUGAUUUUUUAACUAUGCACUGGCAUGAGGUGUUUGCCACUGAGCUGCUCUGCUCCCCUUGCCAGAUUGCUCUGCAGGUGCUGGGCGGCUGGUAGGCUGGUCCCCAGGAAGGCGUGGCCUACAGCCACAACGAAGAGCUGUGGAGAGAGGUUUCCAGGCUAUUUCUGUCAAGCCCUGCACCGUCUCUUAUUGAGCUAGUUUGGGUCACAUUACCCUGAGAGUCCCCAUCUUGUGCCCAGCUCACACUUAGAGUGGGUGCCCAUCUAGUAGACCUUCAAAUACCUUGGAAGGAUGUUGGGGCAAGCUGCAUUAUUCCCAUUUUCCAGAUGAGACUGGUCAUGCCCAGAAAGGCAAACGACUUGUGCAAGCUCCCAUAGCCAGUGAGAAGACUGAGCAGUGACCCAGACCAGGUCUUCUGGUUCCUGGUCCCAUGCUUUUACAGUAGCUGGGGGAAAGAUGCAAAGAUUCGGGGACUGAAAGAGAUGAGUUUGGCUAAAUUGAGCACCAGGUUAGGAGCCUAAGGGCUCAUUUCAGGGGAUAAGUCAACAGUUGACUCACCGGCAUCAGGUGAAUUUAAGCUCUGGCGUGUGCCCUGGGUGCACCAUCAGCUUCCAUCCUGAGUAGUCCUACAGUUUACCUCCACCUAUGGACACAACAUCAUAGCUUCAGGGUACACCCGGCAGUGGUACAGAUAGAUAGCCUGGGAGCAAUCAUCCUUUUGGGGCCAACUGCCAAGACAUCCUACUCCCUUCAGCUAGUCUCUUGUCUUGAGAUUUUCCUUGUCUUGGAAAAUUGUUUUUGUGGUGUGAGACGGGGGAGCCAAGAGGAAGAUGUGAGGGUCAGGGAUAGAUGAGACAAUCUAGCUCCCCUCCAACUUAGAAAACGUUCUGUUGGGCUUUACUUUAAACUUUGUGUUCUUAAGUGAUGUCAAAGCCAUGCCCAGCUGGAUGUUCUGCAGGUGCCUUGGGGGCUAUUUGUGAGGUGGCAGGGUAGAGUGCAUUGCUUCUGCUUCAGACAGAGCAGUUCCUCCAGAAGUCUUUCAUGCAUUAGGGUUCCUUGGAGGAAUUUUUGUAUUAAAAAAAAAGUCCUAUUGCUUAAAAAAAUGUGAAAGUGACUCAUUAAACAAAACAAGCUAAUUGAGUAUAUUGCUAAUGCGAAGCUUAGUUCUUUCAGAAUUGGUAGUUGAUUUUAUUUUUUUAAGACUAUCAAAUACCUCAGUAGGUAAACUGAGCCCAUGAUCUUAUCCUGGAUGGUGAGCAUAAUCCCAGCCAGUAAGUAGGUAAGGUUGGUGGAGAUAGGCUUUCUCAGGGAUAGGGAAUUUGAGCUUCUGUGUGUCAAGUCCAUUGACCUCUCUGGACCCUUUUCUGUGAAAUGGACUGAGGGGCAGAGUAGGCAAGAAUUAGCCAACAGUCUUAGCUUCUGCAAAGGCAGUGUCUAGCCCAAGCUGGCAAAUACAUAGCACAUGUGAUACUAUUCCCAGGUCCCCAGGCCAAUGCAGACAUGAGUAAUUGAUCACAGCAGGUUCUUUGAGCCUAAUAAAAAUCCUCAAUACAAUGCUCUGAGAAGCCAUUACUAAUUGAUUACAGUUUAAUUUCUUUGAUAUGCGGGUCUAAUCUUUGAAAGGUUUCCAUCAAUCAUAUAGAAACAUGCUAGCUGGGUCUCUUGCUAGCUCAUCUCUAUUUUUCAUGAGAGAAAACUCCUAAAGCCAUUCAUUGGCAUAAGACUCCCGAUACUACUGUGGCACACAGUUCCACUUGGGUGGGCACAGUGGUGGUGAUGGGGUAGCGGAAUAGCAGACAGGAACAUAUUUGGGAAAGGCAGAGCUUAAGGAGAUGGACCAAAAAUGAGACUUUCCAUAGCACAGACCUACUCAUUCAGAAUUCCUUUAUAGCUAUUCACUGCCUAGCACACAGUAGGCACACAAUAAACAGUUAUGGAAUGAAGUAGAAUUUUAAUCCUUCCACUGCAGAUUUCACCCUGCGGAAGCCAGUAGGAAAAAGCAGAGCACUAGCUUCAGAGUCUGGAUAGCUGGGGGGAGUCCCAACUUCACCAAGAAUUUACUUUGUUAUUUAGGUAAGUCCCUUCUCCUCCCUGGCUUCAUAGUGCUGGAGGGAGUUGAGUGAUAGGAUUUCUAAGCCCCUCCUGUUUGCUUCUUCCUUGACUGUGUCUGGCCAGAGAGCCUGCCUUGAGCUGGUAGUACUUCAGGGUAAGAAAAUGCAGAUUUUUAGUGAAGAAUAAGUCUCUCUCCUUGACCCCUUUGGGAUCAGUUGAAGUUGCCCUUUCAUGUCAGAUUAAUCCAGGGCACUUGAAGUUACUUAGGUUUUGGCCCUUGUGCAGAGCAGAAAUAUCAGGGCAUUGGGUCAUUAUGUGCCUAAUGUCAGGGCUUGUGGCCACUGAUAAGAGCACCAAGCAGUCUCUGCUUGCCAUCUCAUACAUAAAAGGCUUCAAGUUCUCAAAUUGACCAACACUGCAGAUGACCUCUAUCCAGAAGGACUCUUUCGGUGCUGUGAUUACUUACCACGGAAACUCCAAGGUCUCUCCAGCAAAAUUAGUCAAGCUUUGUCUCUUUCCUACCAAAUUAAGGGGUAACCCAGAGGGAGCAGCUGCCAUUGGCAACCAUCUCGCUGUAGCUCUGUCCUAGUGUUUGCUCUUCGAUGAUGUUUACAUGUGAUUGCCAUAAAAGCUUACUGUAGACUGUGUUGAUAGCUUCCCGCGCUGGGCAGGUUGUGCCGUCCAUCUCUGUGCUGUGCUGGUGUUUCCCAAAGAUGUCUGAUCCAACCGCUAAGUGGAAUUCUUCCAUCUCCUUCCUCAGUCUAUACAAGGCUGAAUCAGAAUCCUCACUCUCGGGGGCUCUGGUUACUGAAGGAAAAUGCAUCAAAAAGGUAAAGAAUAUGAGUGGAUGGAGUGCAGCUAAGAACCACCCCCACCCCCCCUUCUCUCCUUUUCUGGCCUCGCAACCUGAAAAUGUCUUUGAGUCAAAAAAUACCAGUUGGGUCUGCAUCUACCUUGAGAUCUCACAGAAUCGAGUGUCAUAUGUGCCUAAGAGAGGCAGGAGGAGAGGGGAGGAAUGAUCUGAGCCAUCAUAAAGACUCAGUCCUCAAGUCCUGACAUGGGAAAAGACACAGUGAGAUAGAUGUCAUGCAUUGCCAAAGCCCGUGCUUGUUGGUUCUUCUAGAACCUAGGCAUAUGCAGUAUGCCUGCUAGGGCCACUGUGCGAUGGCAAGCAAGGGGGAAGAGGAAGCAUGACAGGUAAGUCCUGCAUGGACAACUUGGUCCACAGUCCAUCCUAGGCCUUGAGUUCAGUUGAAAUCUCAGUGGAGCCUGUAGUUUGAGAGACAGCUUAUCCCAAAUGUGAAGCAGAAUGAACUUAGAGCAUGGGUUGAUCUGACUUAUUGAUGUCAAAAUUACAGUAUUUUUCUUAGCAUUUGAGAUUUAGCAGCUGCCCACCAUUUGGGGGAGCCCUAUGUCCCAGUAUCAGAUAUGAUAAAGGAAAGAAAUUAGAUGUGAAAUAGCAAAGAAAGUGAACCUAAUGGUUUCACUGGCCAAAGAAUAGAGACCCUCUCACUUCUUCCCACUAGGGCAGAAGGAAACUGAUUAGUACUAUGUGCAAUAUGGUAAAGUUAGUCCCCAAGUCCCUGAGGCAUUUGCACACAUGGAUGGUUCUUUUUUUUUUUUUUUUAGAGACAGAGUCUCACUUUAUGGCCCUCAGUAGAGUGCCAUGGCAUCACACAGCUCACAGCAACCUCCAACUCCUGGGCUUAAGCGAUUCUCUUGCCUCAGCCUCCCGAGUAGCUGGGACUACAGGCGCCCGCCACAACGCCCAGCUGUUUUGCACACAUGGAUGGUUCCAGGGCUGUUGUGGAGUCUGGAGGUACAGGGUAAAUGGAGAGAAAACUCACAUGCACUGAAAAGACCUGGGUAGGGGAGCCUCUGAGAGCUGCUGAUUACCUAGGAAGUAGGCAGAGGCUGACUUUGCAUGAACCAAUGAAAGUACUUGGAGAAAAUCACAACACUUCAGCCUGGAUCCAUGUUCCUAAGCUGGUGAAUGUGGAUCUCCUUUGGCUGUGUGAGGUGCUCUCCCGGGGACUGGGAAAGGGGCUGGUGUGUGAGAAAAGAAAGGACAGACAGGCCUUCCCAGAUACUGGCAGCAGGAAAGCCAGUGCUAGGGCCACGUCAGGAGCCCUAGAAACAGAGAGCCAUGGGUUUGGAUCUCGGUACCCACUUUUGUAGAAAGAUAAAAACAGCCCACCCACCUGAAGUGGGUUUGUGGAGCAAGUCAUUUAACUACAAGCCAUCUUAGUGUGAGAAACCCCAAUGUUUCUUACUUUCUGUGUGACCUUGGGCUCCUGUUUUCUCAUCUACCCAAUGACAGUGUUGACUAUGAGCCCUAAAGUCCCUUGACCUCUGAGAGGCUUAGGUUCCCAUCCUGCAACAUGGGAAUCUAUCACUCCCCUGUACAACCAAAUUCACUGUCUGGCUGUGUCCAGCUUCUGUCCAGGGUAAGCAUUCCUCUGCAAGAACCAACCAGCCACAGCUUCAACCCCACAUGGUCCUUACUAAGUUGCCUUAUACGAGGAGGCCAGCUCCCCAAGACAGAUCUAAGCCAUAGUUUCUCGUGGGGAUGGUGAGGAGGGAAGCCCCCGGUAGACUAGGUAGUGAUGUGGAGCCCCACAUCAACCUGUCAUCGUGCCCACCGAACAGCUUUUAAUCCGAAUGUUGUGGCCACUUGGCUGUUAUGUCUCUGGUUCUCAGACAAUACUAGCAAUACACUUGUUUUUUUCCAAACAGCUUAACAUAGGCACUUUUUACACAUUUCUUUCAAAAGAUUGUAAAACAUAUGGGGCAACAGGAGGCAUCGAUCACACUGCAUAUGUUUAGGGCAGCUUUUGUGGUUUUUUUUGUUUGUUUCUUUCUUUCUUUAAUGGUAUAGCAGCAGUGAUUGAGGCUUCGGGAUUUGUGGGGGGACAGAUUUUCACUUUUUUUUUUUUUUUCAUCACAAUGCCCUGCACAUCCAGAAAGAGUACAAAAAUCCUACUGCCCAGCUUUGGGGCUUGGGAAAUAACGUUUUGUAAGCGGUCAGUCCUGGACUAUACAACAACCCUCCUCAAAGGGGUCUUUAUAUAGCUAGAACCCCCUCUUUGCUAUAUUUUUUUUGUCAAAGGAUUCUCCAAGGAAGCCUUAAAAAGCUUCCUUUCUCACUUUACCAGCCUUGCUGAUGGGUUACUUGUGGAGGGGAUUGGUCAGUCUCCACCUCAGCACUUUGCCUUAUCAACAUGUGUUUGCCAUCUAGUGGCCGAGACUGUAUCCACCAGCUGCCAAGAUGGAAGGCAAAUAAAUCAUUUUGGCCACCUUGCUGUCCAACGCUGUGGGAAUGAAAUGUCAUGACAUGAACAAACUGUGCGUUCAGAGCCCAGCAUGACACUAGGGUCAAAAGACUCCAGAAGCAACUACACAGGCUCUCACGCACACUGAGAAAUGCACUGCUGUCCUGUGGGCAAAGGAGACAGGAGAGGCCCUGCAUCCAGGUACCCGGGAGGGGUUUGCUGUAACUGCAAUACUGGCAGCCCAGCUGCUGACCUUGUUCAGUGAACCUCUGCUAGGUAGCCUGCAUUAUACCCCUGGGGCAUGUGAGGAGGUUGGCUGUAAGGAUUCUGGGGCAGAGGGCCUAGCCAUGACCUAUGAUAUGGUCCACCAAAUAGCCAAAUAAGGUUUUUUGUUUGAUUUUUUUGUUUCGUUUUGUAUUUUGUGCUUUAAAAUCUUGUCAAAUGCUUUUGUGUUAGGAAUAAAAAGUCAUAAACUAUUCUCAACUUUGUUUCUUGAAGGAUAUUCUGAUUCUGAUGGAAACAGGUUGGAAAACUCUAGGGGAGCGUGCUCUGGGUGGUGUGUGGAACAGAGAAAUGGACCACUUGGAUUUCCAGAGGGUUUCUGGGGAAGAUGGCCAUCCAGAAGUCCAGCUUAGUGCAAUCUGCUCUGGAAAUACACACCCACCCCCCUCACCUCCUUGUGCCAUGAUAUUAGCAUUGGCUUGGAGCAUCUGCUUCUGCCAGAGGCGGCUGCUAAUUAUGAAACCAACACAAGAUCCCUCUUCCCAACCCCAGGUUUCUAGAGAAGGUGUCUGUGGCUACCCUUAAUCAUGGGCAGAGUGGUCCCUAUGGUCCCUUCCAGCAUUUGGAACCAUAUCCUAUCCAUAUCCAAAUCUUGGACUCAAAUCCUUUUCUCUUGGUGUGAACAUACAGCCCAGAGAAUUCUGAGCAAUAGGAGCCCAGGCUUCCCCUGGCUCUGAAACAGGGUCAAACCAGGGAAUGGCUAAACUUGUGAGGUUUUGUCAUCCCCAGGGGUACUACCAUAGGGGGCAUUAUUUAUUAGGAAGCUCGAUAAGGUAAUUACAACCUGGGGUGUAUGAGUGUAAGGCUGUGUUUGUGUUGUAUGUAAGUGUAGGUGUGUGUGCAUGCACACAGGUGUCUGUGCUUGUGUGUGUGUGUGGAAUUACAUUGAUGCAUUUCUUGAGAAAGGUGCAAGAAUUUCACCUACACAGAGGGACACAUCUGCUUUGUUAUUUAUAAUAGAAAGCUAAAUUUUAAUUUUUUAAAGGACACUGCUAAUGAUUGAGAAUCGAGUUUUUAGUUUUGCUAUUUUUUUUAAUUGGUAGAGGAUUUUUAUAUAUUUUUUCCAUUUUGUUGGAUUGUGUCCUUAUUUAUAUAAAUACUUUAUCUGUAAGAGGCAAGGAAGAAACCUUCUUUGCUUUUAAUUAUUGUGGUUGUCAUUGUCCCUAUUUUAUUUCUGGUGUGAUUUAUCUGUCUUACCUUCUAAAAUGAGAAAAUGUUUUCCUGUAUUUGUACAUUGUCAGAUUCUAUAGUUUCAUAGAUAAUUUAACCAAAUUGCUCUAUGUAUUAUUAUUCUGUGAGUAUAAAGUUCUAUUUUAACGUCUGUAAAUACUUCAGAACUGGCUUCUUUUCUCAAACUUCCACUGGGGAGUUAUUGUUUACAUCACAAAAACUGUAGAAUCUCUUUGCUCAUGUACUGUAAAUAGUGAAGUGAUCUGCUUAUAAAUAAACUUAACAAAUACACUAUGGAGAUUAAAAAGAAAAUACCACC